AUAUUACUUCAUACGCGCUCUAUUUGUCACAUUUGCCAGUAGAUUUCUGAUGUAAACGUCAUUAUUCUGUCGUGAGUUGAUUGUCUUACGUGACUGUGUUAAAAUCAUAUUGAAAUUGCGUGUUCUCUAGAUUUUUGACGGUUUUUGCUGUUGCCCUCAAAGCAUUUUAAAGCAAAUAAUUUGUUCCUUGCUUGAAAUAUUGUGACUUAUUCUGUGAAUUUGAGAAAACUGUACCAUGGCGUCUGGGUUGGGUACAUUCAUAAAUACUUUCAAUUCCAAAAUUGAAGAACCAGUGCGCAUACAUUUGAAGAAUGUUUAUGCGUGCUUAACAUUGGCCACAAUCUCUGCCGCACUAGGAGCAUACAUAGAUCUUUACACCAAUAUUCUCUCUCGCAACUUUAUAACUGUGUUGGGAGCUAUUGGAUUUUUGGUUGCCCUGAAUUGUACCAAAGACAAUGGCAAAAAUCAGUUGAUGCGUUUGGGUUUCCUUAUCGGAUUCUCAUUUUGUUCAGGAUUAGGAUUGGGACCUUUGCUAGAACAAGUUAUUCUGAUUGACCCAUCUAUCAUUCCAACCACACUUCUUGCUACAUCUCUCAUUUUUGUAUCUUUCUCUCUCUCUGCUCUUCUUGCAAGACGUGGAUCAUGGCUAUUCCUUGGUGGUACAAUCACCACUAUUCUAUCUGCUCUGUUUGUUUUCUCUCUUGCUAGCAUGUUCCUGUCUUCUACCCUCCUCUUCCAGGCUCACCUUUAUGUUGGUCUCGUCCUGAUGUGUGCAUUUGUUCUGUAUGAUACUCAAUUGAUUAUGGAAAAACGUAGACAUGGUGACAAAGACUUCAUUGCUCACUCAGUUGAUCUUUUCAUUGAUUUCAUUGGUAUCUUCAGACGUCUUCUCAUUAUUUUGGCUCAAAAGGAAAAUAACAAACGAGAGGAGAGAAGGAGAUAAAUCAAUUUUAUUAAAUUUGGUGUUGGUGUAUUUCACCUAAAAGUUGAAUAAAUUGUCAUUUCUAAUAUUUCUAAUAUAUUAUAUUCACAUAAAUUUAAUUAGAAUGUGUUAUCCAUUGUAUCCUAAUCAAAAUCUUAAUGUAUUGGUAAAAUGUGUUUUGAAGUAUGUACUAGUUAAAAAAAGUUUUAACAUAAAAUUUUCAAAUAAAUUCAACCGUUAAAGGAUCGCAGACUGAAAGAAAAAUGUCUUGGUGUUGGAAAGAAAUAUGUAAGUACAUACUUGGUUCUAUGCAUUUACAUGAUAUUAUGUAGCUAGAUUUUAAACAUGAUGCAUGUUGUGUGAAUUUGAGGUUAUGUAACAUUUUGGGAUUGUUCUAUACGAACAACUAUUGUACUGAUUGAUUUAAAUAUUAUACUAUAUUACCUUAUUAUUGGACUUUUUUUAGUGUACAUAUUAGAACUAUUUGUUAUUGAUGUAUUAUUAAUUUAAAUAAAGUGAAUAGUUUUUU